AUGGUUCAAUGGCAUUGUCAAUACUGCGGCCCCACUGAGGCAGAGACUGAUGAGCGAAUGGGUCACAUCGUUUGUCUGGAAUGUGGUGCAGUUUUGGAAGAAAAUACUAUUGUUUCGGAAGUCACAUUUUCUGAGACAUCUAAAGGCUCUGCAAUCGCUGAUGGCUUUCAACUUUCUACCGGACAGGCUCGUGCAUCCAAUCGUGGUACUUUUGGUCUUAUUCGAACAGGCGGUCAGGAAUCUCGUGAACAAACACUACAAAAUGGCCAUCGUCGCAUUCAAGAAGUUGCAAAUCAACCCCAGAUUCGAAUGAAUGAACGUUUGGUUGGUCAUGCACGCAGAUUCUUCAAUGUUGCUGUGGUUAAUAAUUUCACAAAAGGCCGGAAAUCUGGAAAUGUUGUUGCUGCAUGUCUCUAUAUCGUAUGCCGACUGGAGAAAACUGCUCAUAUGCUGAUUGACUUUGCCGAUGCAUUAUCUACAAACGUAUACCAAGUGGGUGCCACAUUUCUUGCAUUAUGCAAAAUUUCUGGUGUUGAUAAAAUGCCGUUGGUGGAUCCAUCGCUUUAUAUUUCCAGAUUUGCUGCAAAACUCGAUUUUGGAGAGGACACUCAAAAUAUUGUAAAAGAUGCAAAUCGACUUGUGCAGCGCAUGUGUCGAGACUGGAUGCAGACAGGGAGACGACCUGCUGGAAUUUGUGCUGCAAGUCUUUUUGUUGCUUCACGAAUGCACAAUCACAAUCGCACAAUUAGAGAAAUUAUCUUGGUAGUGAAAAUCUGCGAAGCUACAUUGCGGCGAAGACUUAGGGAGUUUCGUGAAACACCUUCAAGUAAUCUCUCUGUCCAGGAUUUUCAAACCAUUUGGCUUGAAGGAGAAAGGGAUCCGCCCUCAUUUGCACCACCCAAAACUCGUAAACACGAACCAGCGAGCCAAUUGUUUGAAGACAGUAAUGGUGAUUCAAAAGCAAAAAUAGAGCAAGCAUUCAGCUCUUUAAAAGAAUCCGUGUUGGCUGGGGAUGAUGACGAAGAUUUGGAAGAUUUGAAUGAACAGCAACUCUUGAGCUUUGAACAGAGUCUUAUACAGGUCUACAACAAAACAGAGGCUGAUGCUACUCACCAGAUCCAUUACUCUGAUAAUCUCUCAGAUCUGGAUGACGACCAAGAGAUUCAAGCCAUGAUUGAUGUUACUCCUGAAGAAGUAGAAUUUAAAGAGGCUAUUUGGACCGAAGAAAAUAAGGAAUGGAUUUUGCGACAACAAGCCAAGGCUGCAUUAGGCAUUGGUCUAGCUGAAUCUGAAAAGCGUAAGCCCAAAAAGAGACCUAGGGUUAUUCGAUCGUACGAGGCACCUACUGCAGCAGAGGCUGCCAAAAAUCUGGUCAUGUCCAAGCCUACACUUUCUAAAAAAAUUAAUUAUGGUGUUUUGGAAACGCUGUUUGAAAAGACGGAGAAAUCUGAAAACGAGUCUACAAACGGUAUUUGA